AUGGCGGCGGCCUCGGCGGCCCCUGAGGACGAGCUGGUCUCGUCGGUGACGCUGUACCGGCGGCGGCCGCGCCUGCUGCGCGCCACCGUGCUGCCCUUCGCCGCCGGGCUCUACCCGGCGUGGCUGUGGCUGUGGGGGCCGCGGCUGUGGCGGAGGAGGAGGAGGGCGAGGAGGGAGCAGGGCGGGCCGCCUGAGGCGGCGCUGCUGGCGCUCGGCGCCAUCGCGGCUCUGCAGCUGCUGACGGCGCUGGUGGGGCUCUGGUCCGUGCACGCCCAGUGCGCGCUCACCUGCGUCAGGGAACCGUGUCCCAAAAAAGCCACCUUGGCCAAAGUGGUGCCCACCCCCAACAACGGCUCCGUGGAGCUGGUGCCGCUCCAGAGGGAUCAGGAUGAGGACGGGGAGGAGUCCCUUUCGUUCGAGUUCCAGAAGCUGCGCUAUUCCUACGUGGAACAUUCCGGAGGGGGGCGUGGCUUCGUUCCGGUGGCGUUCCCGGUGGAGCGGCCCCUGCGGCACUUCCAGAACUGCCGGGGGUAUCAGGAGGAGCGCGAGGUCCGAGCCGCCCGCAGGAAAUACGGAGACAACAGGGCCGAGAUGGUGGUGCCAGAAUUCCUGGAAUUGUUCAAGGAAAGAGCCACAGCUCCUUUCUUCGUUUUCCAGGUGUUCUGCGUGUGCCUGUGGUGCCUGGACGAGUACUGGUACUACAGCGUCUUCACGCUGUCGAUGCUGGUGGCCUUCGAGGCGUCGCUGGUGCAGCAGCAGCUGCGGAACAUGGCCGAGAUCCGCAGGAUGGGCAACAAACCCUACAUGAUCCAGGUGUACAGGAACAGGAAGUGGCGGCCGAUUUGCAGCGAUGAGAUCGUGCCCGGAGACGUCGUGUCCAUCGGCCGUUCCCCCCAGGACAACCUGGUGCCAUGUGAUGUUCUGCUGCUGCGCGGCCGCUGCAUCGUGGACGAGGCCAUGCUCACCGGGGAGUCCGUGCCGCAGAUGAAGGAGCCGGUGGAGGAGGCGAGCCCGGAUCACGUGCUGGACGUGGAGGGGGACGCUCGCCUGCACGUGGUGUUCGGGGGCACGCGGGUGGUGCAGCACAUCCCGCCCCACAGGGCCACCCACGGCCUCAAACCGGUGGAUAACGGGUGCGUGGCGUACGCGCUGCGGACGGGAUUCAACACCUCCCAGGGGAAGCUGCUGCGUACGAUCCUGUUCGGGGUGCAGCGGGUGACGGCCAACAACCUGGAGACCUUCAUCUUCAUCCUCUUCCUCCUCGUCUUCGCCGUCGCCGCCGCCGCCUACGUCUGGAUCCAGGGCACGAAGGAUCCGAGGCGGAACCAGUACCGGCUGUUCCUGGAGUGUGCCCUGAUCCUGACGUCGGUGGUGCCCCCGGAGCUGCCCAUCGAGCUCUCCUUGGCCGUCAACACCUCCCUCAUCGCCCUCUCCAAGCUCUACGUGUACUGCACGGAGCCGUUCCGGAUCCCGUUUGCGGGGAAGGUUCAGUUCUGCUGCUUCGACAAGACGGGCACCUUGACCAGCGACCACCUCGUGGUGCGCGGCGUGGCCGGCCUCAGGGAAGGGCGUGAGUUGCUCCCAGUUUCUGAUGCUCCGUUGGAGACGCAGCGCGCCAUCGCCGCCUGCCACUCCCUGCUGCAGCUGGAGGACGGGGCGCUGGUGGGGGACCCCCUGGAGAAGGCCCUGCUGCUGGCCGUCGACUGGACCCUCACCAGAGAUGAGAAAGUUUUCCCAAGGGGUCUAAAAACUCCGGGGAUGAAAAUUCACCAGCGCUUUCAUUUCUCCAGUGCCCUGAAGAGGAUGGCGGUGCUGGCGUCGCUGGAGCGCGGCGGCCUCGCCGAGCCCGCCUUCGUCGCCGCCGUCAAGGGCGCCCCCGAGACCCUGCACCCCAUG